UUGACGUCUACAGUUGCAUUUUUGUUCGUUUUAGCUAACCCUAAUCAUUUUCCUAAACUUAAUUCUCCUAGCCUGCUGCGUAAAUUCUCCUAACCUGCAACUAAAAGUCAAUUCUGGUCAAUUCUGACAUAAAAUGUAUCCCUUCUAGUCAAAACUCUUCACAUGUCUUGGUCUUAUUCACCGUUGGUAUGGAGACACUAAACAGGCAGCAGAGAGAAAUGGCAAUGUGAAGAUUGCGCAGGUGCGACCCUGCAAACUGAAGAACCCACCACAUCCGAUGAGUUACUAUGGCAAACUGAUCAAGCCAAACAGCAACAACUUAAAGAAGAGCACAGCUAGAGACAUGAUAUAGGGAGUAGAGAUCAGGGGUCCCUUGGCCAGUGAAGGCCAGUGUCUCUAUGGAGGCCCCCAAGCCCCCAAAGUGUGUCCAGCCGGGGCAGAGGGAGGAGGGAGAUCGGGGAGCUGAUGGAAGCCCAACACCGUGCAUUGACAGUGAACCUCUAGGAGAGAGAGACCCCAGUAAAGACCAGCAGAGCAAAGCCCUGUGCCAGCAACACACUCAAAUGUUCCUGAACCUCACCACAGAGAAGGGCCUACAGCAAAUACCAUCGCCACCAGGUGAGGGAAGAGUGAGGCGCAGCUUGCUCAACCUGCCCAUCAUCAACCCAGAGAGACUGCGGACAGCAAAAGUACUGGUCGACAAAGCUGUAAAGAUGCGUAUGGUGUUCUCCAUACAGGGUCCAUACCCUGUGGUUCGGGCUGCCCUGAAGGCGAGGGGUUGGGUAGAGCGCCGCCUGCCGCGUCCAAACCAGCACUGGAGCCGGUGCCGUGGAGAUGAUGGGAAUGAUGCUGAUGACAUUGAUGAUGACGAUGACAGCCCAGACGACAGAGAGGAAGACCCAGAUGACAUGUAUGACCUAAUGUCUCGCAUGGUGAGGAACGAAACGUCAUAUUUCUAUUGGACGACGCGUAGAGAGACAGUGGACAACCGCUCAUUGCGAAAGGAACAGAUGACCAAUCACUAUGCCAAAGCAGGCACCUUCACCACCAAGGUUGGGUUGUGUGUGAACCUGAGGAACCUGCGUUGGUUUGAUGCUGCAGACCUUGACUCCUUCUUCCCACGCUGCUAUAGGCUGGGGGCAGAAGAUGAGAAACAUGCCUUUAUCGAGGACUACAGGAGGACAGCAUGCACCAGCCUUAUACAGUGUGUUGUGGAGAGGAUUCGGGGUGAGCGAGGAGAGGGAGGUGGUACAGCUGGAUCAACUGACCAAUCAUGUCAAAGUCAGAAAAAAGCAUGCAAGCKUCGAGCCAUGUCAUUGGUGGCCUCCAGAAUGAUUGACAGUGCACUAAAAGUUUGCCAGGACUUCCUGGACAGCUUGGAACACAAUGACAUAGACAUUGCCUUGGAAACACCACCAUCCCUAACAGAACAAGAGUGGCUGGAGUUCAUCCACAAUUACUACCUGGUUGUCCAUGAUGGUGUAGAGAUAGAGGAGAGUUUUCACUAUGUGAACAGCUGUCAGGCUAUGUUGCGGAAGCUUCGUGAUGUCAAUCCACAGCUAGACACAGACGGUAUCCACAACAUCUGGAUAGUCAAACCUGGGGCCAAGUCCCGGGGCAGAGGCAUCAUGUGUGCCAAGCGGCUGGAUGACAUCCUGAGGCUGGUGGACAGUGACCCAGCCCUGAUCAAGGAUAGUAAGUGGGUGGUGCAGAAGUACCUGGAGCGCCCCCUGCUGGUCCACGGCACCAAGUUCGACCUCCGCCAGUGGUUCCUGGUGACUGACUGGAACCCUCUCACUGUCUGGUUUUAUAAGAAGUGCUACCUACGCUUCUCCACCCAGCCCUACUCAGUUGAGACACUGGACAGUUCUGUCCACCUGUGUAACAACUCCAUACAGAAGCACUUUCAGCCCUCCCAGCAGCGUCACCCAGAGGUGCCUGAGGACAACAUGUGGUCAUGUGACCAGUUCCGGGCCUUCCUGUCUGGACAGGGCCGAGCAGCAGAGUGGGGGUCUGUGGUGGUCCCAGGGAUGAAGAAGGCUGUGGUCCACGCCCUGCAGACUGCCCAAGACCUGGUGGAGUCACGCCGAGGGAGCUUUGAACUCUACGGAGCCGACUUCAUGCUAGGUCGUGACCUGAGGCCAUGGCUGAUAGAGAUCAAUGCCAGCCCUACCAUGGCCCCCUCUACAGCAGUGACAACACGCCUGUGUGCAGCCGUGCAGGAGGACACUCUACGGGUGGUCCUGGACCGUCGGUUGGACCGAGGGGCACACACUGGGGGCUUUCAGCUUAUAUACAAACAGGUAGCAGUGGAGGUGCCUCAGUAUGUAGGGGUCAACCUGCUUGUUGAGGGCUCCCAGAUCAGACGGCCCCGCCCUCCUCCUCAAAAAGUCUCCAAACCCUCUAAGUGUCGUACCAACCAACCAGCGCCCAGACGCCCUCCUCAAAGCAAGGAGUACGAGGCUGUGGCAGAGAAACCCAAGCCUGCCCCCUCUAAGAAGGGUCUGAAGUCUGAGGUACGACACCUUACCUUCUCUGGCUUCAGAGUCCAGACCCCACUUUCUACUGAGAGGCCCCUGGCCKGGGAGUCCUGGAGGCUGCAGCGUCUGGGCCUGGUUGACUCCCUCCAGCUGCCCCCCAGGGCCCAGUCCCGCUCCAUGGACUGCUGGCGGAGACCCCAGGUUAUUGUGCCCUGGUCAGGGCGAGCACGCCCCUUUGCUACCCCUGAUAUUUACAAAGGCCCUGUCCUUCCCCUGGAGGUCAUCAGCCUUCAAGACCCAGACAGGGAGCCCAGUGCCCUGCUUGUGCCCACUCCUCUGGUCCCCCACGCUGAGUUCAGGUUCCAGAAGUUUUUCAGGCAACAGAACCUCCACCGUAGGGUGAUCAGGACCACAUGUGYAGGGAGAGGAACUCACAAGAGCUCGUGAAAUGGAUCGGUUAUUGAACCAUUCACUGACUGCUGCCUGAUUUUGAAAGCUGUCYUUUUGCACUCAGCCAUUGUAGGCCUACCUCAUCAUAAUAAAGUCAGUAUUGUAUCCACUUAGA